AUUCAAAAGACGAAACCCUCCCGCUCCCCUUUUCUGUCUCUCUCUCUCUCUAUAUUUCUCAUUCUCUAUAGGCGCUGGAGCACCAAAACACAGAAAUUAUACAUGGCGUCGAACAUUGGAAUGAUGGAUUCCGCUUACUUCGUCGGUAGAACAGAGAUCUUAGCCUGGGUCAAUUCGACUCUUCAACUCAAUGUCUCUAAAGUCGAAGAGGCAUCUUCUGGAGCUAUUUAUUGCCAGCUAAUGGAUUCGGCUCAUCCAGGUGUUGUUCCGAUGCACAAGGUGAACUUUGAUGCAAAGAAUGAAUAUGAUAUGAUCCAGAAUUACAAAGUUCUGCAAGACGUCUUUAACAAACUGAAAAUAACCAAGCAUGUUGAUGUUAACAAACUUGUGAAAGGUCGGCCGCUGGAUAACCUAGAGUUUAUGCAGUGGAUGAAGCGUUAUUGCGAUGGAGGUGUUACACAGAAUUACAAUCCUCUAGAGAGAAGAGAAGCUUGCAAAGGUGGAAAAGAUGCGAGCAAGAAAUCUGCACCUCCACAGUCUUCAGCCAAGUCUUCUUCAUCAGCUAACGCAAGGACUCAAACUUCCCACAGUCGAAAGAAUGAUGUUCAUAAUAAUGCUUCAAACCAAUCUGUCAAGCCUUCGAAAGAAUCAAAACCAGUUUCAGAUAGUGGACCGGCAUAUGAUGAACAGAUUACAGAGUUGAAACUGUCAUUUGAUAGCUUGGAGAAAGAAAGAGACUUUUACUUUGCAAAGUUGAGGGAUAUUGAAAUCAUAUGUCAGAUCCCCGAGAUUGAGAAGCUACCUGUUGUGGAAGCAUUGAAGAUGAUACUAUAUGCGACAGAUAAUAACAGUUCAUCAGUUGUUGCAGAAGCUCAAGCAAUGAUAUCAAAACACCACAAGGGUGUUGAAGGAUUGUUGAGUCCUAUUCCAGAAGAACCUGAAUUUGCGCAAAAGUCGGACAGUCAGAAGAGGAAAAGCAUUGUCAAUAUCGAUGUUGAUGAUGCUGCUGCCAACUCUUUGUCUCCGAGGCAGAGGGUUUCAGAUGCUUCAGAUGUUCAUUGCAGUGGCUCACCUCUUGUGAAACUCUAUUGAGGUUUAUGUUUCUUAUUUGUGUGGGAAUUCUUGAUAUAUUAGUUCAAUUUUAUUAAGUAGUUACUGAGUAUAAUUGUUUUGUGACAUUUGAACCAACUUAUAUGCUUGUGGGUAUGGAAGGUGAUAAUAUUGUGAAAUUUUCACCAAAUAUCUUGCAACCU